AUGUCUCAAAAUAAUUCGUUGCCAGUUGUUUUUUUAUACUACUACUGGAAGAUCAUUGGAUUAUGUCCGUUCAGGGUGACCAAUCUGGGCCUGGAGAUCUCAAUCCUCGAGAUUACCAUCGCUGUGGUGCGGUGUUUAGGGUGUCUCUAUGUAUUUCCCAAUUUCGAUUACUUUCAUCGAGCGAUUCAUGAUCAUGGAUUAAUCGUAGUUCUUUCUGAAGCUACGGGAUUCUUCACCGGAUUAAUAGUACUGCUGUUUAUUUGGAUUGUUUCGGCGACUCGCGUUAAAAAAAUAGAUAGUGUCAUCAAAACCUUCAUGAGUCUGCACAAACGACUGGAGGAAAUGGGCCUCGAGGAGGCGCGGGGGAGAGAUUUCCUCAGGAAAAUGAGCCUUCACUCUUUUUUUGUCAAUUCUUUUUUCUGGAUUCACACGUUUGUUAUUACCACGAUAUUUUGGAUGGUGCGAACGGUGGGUUUCUCGGAGCUUUUAUAUCAGUCAGCCCGUGUGGUUCUCUGGAAUACAGUCGUUCUGUUUGUUGAUGGGGUUUCAUUGAUCAGGGACAAAUUCCAGUGCAUUAAUAACGCCAUUGAGAAUUUUCAUAAUUAUUUGGAGCUCGGGGAUGACCCGAGGAGCAUGCGGUUCGCACAGCAGGUGUUCUAUAUUGCAAGGUAUUGUAAUGCCGGGGAAUAUCUAAGAUCAAUUGGCCAAAUCCACGAGGAUUUGAAGGAUCUCCUCCACACGGUAGAAAACAUCUUUGCAGUGCCAAUACUGUUCGCAAUAGUCGUGAACUUCAUGGAAUGCGCCUCGUGCUUGUAUCUGAUAGCCAUGACAUUGAGGAGUGGUAGCACCGAGUGGACCUUCAAAGAGAUUGUAGCCAUGACAACGUUUUCGACGUGGGUUAUUGCUAAUCUUGUCCAUAUGCUCCUCAUUGUCAGCAUACCAAGUUUAACUGAUGAAGAGGCCAAUAGAACUGGCAGUGCUCUUCAUUACAUGUGGAUAACGUAUCGACCGAGGAAUACUCGCUUUGUUGUUGAAGCCGUGUCGAUGCGUCUCCUCCAGAAGAAAACAGUCAUCAGUCUCCACGGAUUAAUCCGCUUGAACUUUCCGCUGAUCUAUCGACUGGCCAACAUAGUAGUCGGAUCGCUCGUGAUAAUGAUACAACUUGAGGAGCAUGGUCGCGAGUUUCGAGAGCAACUGGAAUUCAGGCUGCAACAAUUACCAGGAUUCCCUUUAGGGUCUUCAAUGGGUGACCGCAAUACUUCUGAGCAUUACGGUUACAACUCGACUGAGGAUCCUCACAGUCAACUCUUUGAACUCUCCACUAUCGUGCCUUAA